AUGCCUCCGCUCAAGGCCUUGGAGACCCGCGACCUGUAUACUGUUGGAUGGAUCGCCGCUCUUCCACUGGAGCGUGCAGUGGCAAUGGCAAUGCUUGAUGAGAAACAUGAAAAGCCACUCGAUUUUGUACAGCCCCAUAGCGACACAAAUUCAUACACCUGGGGCCGUAUUAUUGACCACAAUAUGGUCAUAGCGUCCCUCGCAGCAGGGAAGUAUGGCACAAUAUCCGCUGCAGCUUCUGCGUUGCCUAUGCUGUCCUCCUUCCCUCAGAUUAGAAUCGGUUUUCUUGUAGGGAUUGGCGCUGGCAUCGCUAGGCCAGACCAUGGCCGUGAUAUUCGACUCGGGGACAUUGCUGUCAGUCAACCUCAUGGAAAUAGUGGAGGUGUAAUCCAGUAUGAUCUAUUCAAGGCGAAGCCUGGAAAUCAACGGGAAAGCAGGGCUUUUCUCAACAGUCCACCAGAGGUUCUUCUCCACGCACUGGGGAACUUGCAGGCGCAGCAUAUACUUGAACCACCCAGAGUGCUUGAAUACCUUGAGGAGACGAUGACUCGCUAUCCCAGAUUAGCCAAGCAGGGCUAUGUGCACCAGGGCUUUGAAAAUGAUCGCUUGUUCAAGACCACAGUGUUACAGACCUUGCCGUAUCAGCCUCACGUGAUGAUACAGGGUUAG